ACUCUAAUAGAGGUUGUCAACUGUGUACAUCUCUCUCGUGAUCUUCUUUUCAGGGUUUAAGGGUUUCGAUAGAAUUGGAAAGUGCGAAUCUUUAUGCUCCUGCAGCAUUCGGUCAUUUAAGAUACAUCAGCAGGUUAAAGAAUGUCAGGAUUUCCAGGUUUGAGUUUUCUAGGCCCAAAAGGCAAGAACGCGGUUGUAGCGGGUGGCUUGACAGCUUUUGUUUUUGGAGUAUAUUUCUACACAAUGAAGGCUGUUGGUGGCACGGACGAGCUUCAAAUGGCUAUAGACAAGUUUGAAGACAAGAAACAGGUCGAGACCAACCCCAAGGUUCCAUCGAAUGUCUGAUCUUCUUCACUGGCUUUGAUAUGUCUAAUAAAACCUGUUGUUUAUCUCUGUCUUCCAAGUUCUUACUCUACGAGUUUGGCUUUGUUUCUGACAUCAAUUGGCAUAUAUGUUUUUGAGUCUCAAGUCCAAAUCCUUUGUACGACGGUUAAACAAUUCUGAUAGGACUUCUUAUUGAUGUUCUUGAUGUUCUCGAUGUUCUUGACAACUUUAUAAUAGUUUUGUACCUAAACGUAUGUUAUAAGGUUUGGUUAUCCAUAAGAGUUAGAGAAGUACAUUAUUAGCCUAGCUAAAAAGAUGAAGGUGAUUGGCUAUUUUGACUAAACCAGAACUAUGGGGUUCAUUAUGGUAUUACUUUAAAAAUAUUAGGGUGUCCUCAAAAUAGUUUACAACUAUACCAACCUGAAUGCGGAGUGUGUCUCUUAUAAGGCGUUGUAAGGUUUCUCUCAAUUUAUCUCUACUGAAGUCUUUCUGCUGAACCACGGUAUCUCCUUCACUGUCAUUUUCAAGGUUUCUCUUUAUUGUACCUGGAAACUUGUCUACCUUGAUCCAAUUAAACUCCAUAAGUAAAGGUCAUGUUUGUUCUUCUGGUUUUGGUCAAAGAAAGAGUCUUCUUUCACAGUUUUCAAGACGUCUCUUCAAUGUACCUAGAACCUUGUUUAGCUUGCUCCCAAUGAAAGCCCAUUAAUAAAGGUUAUGACGACUCUUAGGGGUUUUGGACUAGACAGAGUAUCUUAUAUAGUCGUCCUUCUCUAUCGCUGUUUUUAUAUUUCCAAAACUACUAUACUCUGCUCCUUUUUUUGAGAUGAUACGGGCAGGUUCGGUUGGUAGAAAAGAUACACGUGAGCGCAUUGAGUUUGACGAGCAUGGUGAAGAAUUUGACGUGUGUGGUGACAAUGAUUGGGACGAGAAGGGACGUACCAUGAUCUCUCACAUAUACGUGUCUUUUGAUAGCAUCAUUAGAUCUCUUCAGUUUGGCUACACAGAGAAUGAAGCUCUAACCUUGUCUAAAAAGUAUGGUCCCUCUGAAGGAUUCAACUUCAAAGUUGUGAGACUUGAUCAAGAUGAGUAUGUGACUGGAUUAAGUGGAUCACUAGGAUAUCAUGGAGGAAUCACAAGUUUGAUAUUUCACACUAACCGUGGGAAGCACGGGCCGUUUGCGAAUGAUGAUACCAAUCCACGUCGUGCCAAGAUAGAAGUUGAUCCGGGGAUACGCGAUCGAUGUGAAUUUGGUGGUUUCUUUGGUUCUUACUGUUCAGGCUGUAUCACAUCGAUUGGUAUUUACGUGAAUCCCAUUUAAGUUCUCAUGGGGUGCCAAGAGGUUAAUACAUGUUGACAAGCAACAACUUGUAGUCUGGUUCAAUAUGUUGCAGCUGCACGCUGGAGUUGUCUUUUUCUUUGUAAUCUAAGUAAUAAAUAAUAAUUUGUCGAGCUUCAGAGUUCCAAAAAAAAAAUAUAUAUAUAUGUCAAGCUAUUUUUUUUUUUUUUUG